AUUCGAUCCUAGAUCUCACUUUUGUCGGGUUAACGGGACCAGCAGCAUGCGACGCUGGGCGACCAUCGUGCUGCUCCUGACCGCGCUGCAUGCGGCCGACUGCGCUGCUCCGGACGUGGCGCUGCAGCACCCGCCCGAGCUACGUGCACUUCUUCCCGAGCGGAAUGCAACCGCGCCUGCAGUGGCCAACGCCACAACGAGCAAGGCGACGACGAUCGUGCCAGCAACGAUCAUGGCCACGACCAUAAAGGCUGCAAAUCUCGCAACCACGAAGAAGCCGAUGACCCAGUGGUGCGUCGACGGUGGCUUCACGUUCGACCUCAACUUUGCAAAAGCCUUUGUCGACAUUCCAGCCUUCAGCAAGUACGUUGAGAGUCAAUUGAGCGCCAGCUUGCCACUGCAAUACGAGGUCCAGUUCCGCGAUCUCGCCCCGUCCCCCCACGAUAGCGCCAAGCCAUUUGUCGUCUUUACGCUGUGCGCGCCUGCCACAACCUCCAACGAGCAGUGGCUCAUGUCCGUCCAGAAGCAGAUCCCGAUCCUCUACACCGUGAUGGCGCUGCCGCUCAGCGCCGACCAGGACAAGGCCAUUAGCCGUUUGCGCGUAUACCAUCGAUCCGCGAGUACUGCGCCUGCUGCCCUCGUCUUGACACCGGUACGAUCUGUGGUUGCUCUCGUCUCGCCAGCGUCCAACGGCGUCCCGUCCUUCGAAGCGACGCUCAUCGCGCACAACACCGGUGGCACGUCCGUGACGGUAUACGCGAUUGUGUGCUACGGCAUGAGCGACUGGCGCGACACGGUGCUCGCGCUGCCCGAGCCGAUCGUGCUGCAGCCCAAACACAAGACGUCGCUCACCUUCCGAGGUCCGAUGCUUCCCAACGUCGGCGUCGACCCGACUCUCGUGGCACCGGACCUGCUUGUAUCUCUCCACUUGGUGCAAAGCUCGGGCACGCCGGUCGAAACUGCAAUCACGGCGAUGCUGGACGCACCUGCAAGAACUGAAGCAGCCACGCGCCCGGUGACAAGUGCGCCGGACGUGACGCAUGACACGGACGCGCUCGUGGCGCUCGAUGCGCAGCCCAUGGCCGAUGACGAAGACGCGUUUGCGCGCGUGCGAAACCGUCUCCACAGCCAAGGUGCCGUCGACAACAGCGCGUUUCCGUCGUCCACUUUUAAAGCCAUCUCGGCGUGCCUCGUACUGGGCGUGGUCAUCUACACGUCGUACUUUGCCUACUCGCGUCUUCGCAACCGGUCGCUGGCCUGGACGCAGCUCGUUGGCCGGAAGAAGCAAAAGACGCGGUACCCAAAGGACAACAUUCAAGACACGACUGACGGUAGCCUGGAUGAAUAUGACGAUCACUGUGAAGAAGACGACGGGCUGCUGCCGGCAACAAAGCCACCGACAGUCCUUGCGCAGGAGACAGACCCGCAGCACGUAUGGGGGCAGCCAGCGCGCGUCGUAUCACCUGUCUGUCCAGCGCCGUUGUUUCCGUCGACACCUGCACCCGAGCCUCUCGUGCUCGAUGCGUCCAUUCGAAUGCAUCCCAAGCGGUUCGAGUCGCUCUGGGGCGAGUACAUGGAGCGUGCCAAGUGGCAGCGGGCGAUUUCGCUGCGGCCCGACGCCAACGCCGUCAUGACGCGCUUCUACGAGAUGGGGCUCGUCUGCAUGGCCAGCGGCUCGGUGCAGCUCACCGACAAAUAUUUAUUCUACACGGCCGAGCCGGCAACGCCCGACGCCUUUUACUUUUGUGACGUGGCGAUCCAAUUCAUCUCGCUCGAGGUCGACGUCUCGGUGCGCACGCCGCGCGAGACGUCGGCGGCCAAGAUCGAUGUCUUUGUACAGCGCGUCAAGAUGGCGCUCGACGAUCUCGACGCCGGCAGCUCCCUGGCUGUUGCCGAGUGACGGACUUGUGGCUACUCGCGACGAGGCGUACGGCUUGCUACUUCAGCAUAGCGGCAUGGUAAACAAGCAACAUGACCGCGACUGUCCUUUCUCGAGCCUUCUUGCCAACCUCCGUGUCGCACGUGCGCGAGAAGCAAGCGCGCCUUUGCACCCAAGGCGGCGUCCGAGGAUGACCACGCCAAGCAGCCACCGUCAGUCGUCACAGUGGCACGCUGGACACACAUGAAUUCUUCUCGGGUCAUCUUUCGACCAGUUCAUCAUGGCAGUACCCAAGCAGCCACCCGCUUGCUACAAGGCCACGCGCCUCCUGCCCGUAGAGCCGCCCAUACUCAUCGGACCCAUGACCUCACGCAGAAGGCCAUUGCCGUCGUCCGCCUCGAAGCCAUCGGCAUGGCGGCCGCGUCCAGGCGGCGAGAGUAGGACGAGUGCGACAUGGCCGGAGGCCGCGCUUAUUGGGCCCUUGGUUUGAGUGGUGAGGAAAGAAAAGAAAAAGAAAGGGAGAGCCACGCGGGGUAGGGCUGGCCGCUGAGAAUAUCGACUUUCACAGGUAAAACUCAUUUAACGCACCGACGUCGCGGGCCA